AUGCCCAGUCUUUGCCUUUCAUUCUUGUGGCUCUUCCUCCUUUCCCCACUGGCCUCCAAGGCUGCAUCUGAUGAAGAUGACACUGUAGUGGUCACCAGCAGUGGGCCUAUCAAAGGGAAGCGUCUCCAGGUUGGCUCUGGCUCCGUGACUGCUUAUCUGGGCGUCCCCUAUGCAGAACCGCCUUUGGGGAAAUUGCGUUUCCAGAAGCCGCUUCCUCAUCAGCCUUGGAGCCAAGUCCUGGAGGCGACCAGCUUUGGCAACUCCUGCUCCCAGUUCCUUCUUCAUGAUUUCCCUGAUGCUUCGGUGUGGGCUGUCAACCCACCACUGUCAGAGGACUGUCUCUUUCUGAACAUCUGGAUGCCCCACCCACGGCCCUCUGCCCCACUCCCUGUCCUUGUCUGGAUACACGGUGGGGGUUAUUGCACUGGAGCAUCUUCUCUGGAUUUGUAUAAUGGGGCCUCCUUAGCUGCUGAGGAGAACCUCAUAGUGAUCUCUUUGAAUUAUCGCUUGGGGGCUCUAGGCUUCCUUUCAUUACCACCAAGUGCCCCAGGUAACGUUGGCCUCUUGGACCAACAGCUGGCACUGAAAUGGGUAAAAGAGAAUGCAGCCUCCUUUGGAGGAGAUCCUGCUCAGGUGACCCUUUUGGGACAGAGUGCUGGAGCAGCCUCGGUGGGUUUCCAUCUCCUCUCGCCAGGAAGUCAGCCCCUUUUUGCUCAGGCUGUGCUGCAAAGUGGAUCUGUGAAUGCCGUCUGGUCUUGGAGUAGUCCUGAGGAGGCCAAACAGAAAGCCCUUGUUUUGGGACAGACGCUGGGCUGUACUCAAGAUAAUGAUGCUGCUGUGGUGACCUGCCUACAGGGAAAAGAUGUAGCGGGUUUCAGUCAGUAUGAGUUAUCCGAACUGAACACCACGAUAUUUCUGAAUCUUCCUUUCGUGCCCACCACUGAUGGAGAGUUCCUCCCAGAGGACCCACAAAAGCUUCUGGAGCCUGGGCGCAUUCCGAAUAAACCGAUUCUCAUCGGCAUCACUUCUGAUGAAGGGUCUACCUUUGUGCCAUACACUUUUCCAGACGCCAAAGACGGGCUAAUAACUUGGCAGCAGCUGGUGGAGGGUGUGAAGAGGACGGUACGAAGGGCUACAGAAGAAGUUAUUCAAGCCGUGGCACGAAGAUACAGCAAAGAGGACCAUGGCCCCGCAUCCUACCGCCAGGCCAUGGUGCACUCCAGUAGCGAUUACUUCUUUGUAUGCCCCGUAGCAGAAACCGCUGCAAAGUUGACCGAAGCUGGGAGUCCUGUGUACAGUUACUUCUUCUCACAGCACACCUCUGGCUCUGUUUGGCCUGAGUGGAUUGGGGCAUCCCAUGGUGCUGAACUACCGUACUUAUUUGGCACCUUUAAGACUGUCCUGGUUGCCAACCAAACAUACACAGAGGCGGAAGCUGCAUUGAGCCUUAGGGUGAAGCGAUAUUGGGCAGAGUUUGCUAGAAAUGGGAAUCCUAAUGGGGUAACAGCCAAUGAGACUGAAUGGCCGCUCUACAAUGUCACAGAGCAGAACUUCUUCCUCCUUUCCACAAAACCACCCCAAGUUGUACAGAAAUCGCCUGCCCGACACUGUGGUUUCUGGAAAACACAGGUUUUGAACGUCACACAGACAAGUAAUUGAUGGGCUUCCUGCUUCUUGAGGACAGUCUAGAUGUUUCCAAG